GCAGUGAGCUAUGAUCAUGCCACCGCACUCCAGCCUGGGUGACAGAACCAGAAGAAAAAAACCCAGAACCUUUAUGUUCAUGAGAAUUUCUUAACUGAGCUGGAUUUUUUUUGGUCAUUAAAUAAAUUUUAUAUUCGUAUACCUGUAUUUUUAAUGUACUGUAGUUGCUAGGCUGGAAUUAACCAUGUUAUUUAUAUAUUUUUCAUAGAUCUGCCUCAUUUGUUAAAAGUAUUAUCUCAAAAUGGAUAGAAAAUUAUUAUUUUGAGUAUUUUAACUUAAGAAUUCUGAAACAGAAUAGUACAUUCUAAAUUAGUUGGAUACAAAUGAAUGUAACUAGGAGAUAUUUAUAUUCUUGUCCAGUUUUGAUGAUGCCAUUACAUUUGUUGCUGUCUUUUCUUUUUAUUAUUGAGAAUGGCAUUAAUAGUGAAAACUCAUGAUUAUUUCAGAGGUAGUAUAGUUAUUUUUAUUGUUCAUAAAUUCUUUUGUGUGUGUGUGAGAAUGUUGGCAUCAGACAAAGCUGUUAAUAAAGUAAUUUAGACCUUUCUUGGCCAUUAAUAACAAAAUAUUAAAAGUUUAUGUAUUUUAAGUUCUUUUGGAUUAUUUAAACUACAAGGAUUAGAAGAAGGGUUCUAUCAUGUUGCAUGAUUGGCAAAAUAUCUGCAAGCAAAGUGCAUGGAGACAAAUAUAAUAAGGAAGUGAAAGUGGAAUAAUAAAGAAAAUUAUGAAACACAUAUUGUGGCACUCUUCCAAGAAGUCCUGAUCUCAUUUGGCCACCUUGUCAGCGGAUAUCAUUGGUCGUGAGGGAGAUCUAUCCUUAACACUAGACAAAUAUUUUUUUAAUUUCAAAACUUCAAAAUAUAAAGCCUUGUUACUGAUUUUGUACCCUAAGCUUUAUAUUUGGAGGUUAUAAUAUUUAUACAUCUACUUUAGGAAGAAAGCUAAUAAUUUUAAAAUUUGUAAUAGUAAUAACCAUCAUUACCAGCUCUGCAGCUAGUAUUCAUUGUAUACUUACUCUGUACCUCUGUUCUAAGUGCUUUAUUUUUGUUGUUUAAUUUGUACUAAGAAUCUUACGAAAGUAAGUAGUAGUAUAAUUCUAAAUUGAUAAGUCUCAUAGCUUAGUGAAAGGCAGGGCUGGGAUUUGAACCCAAGCAGUAUUUCUUCACAGCUCAUGCUGAUAAUCCCUUGCUUCACUGUCUCCAGAUGUAAUUAAUAUCAAGAUAAAUGAUUUAGAUUUUACUUUUCGAAUUUUUAAAUUAAUGGAGUUCCUUAUCCUUCACAAUUUCAACUUCAAAUAUAUUGCCUCCUCAAGUUUCUGCCCAAUAUCUCCUAGUAUUAUGUAUGUUAAUUUCUUUCUAAAGGAAGAAGACUUUCAUUUUAUAAAUUAUAUAAUAUUUACCAUAGACUCUAACUAUGACAACAGAGCCAUGCAUGUAGUAGAUGCAAGAAGUUUCUGAUUUGAAGUCUCUUAGAAAAGAACCAGAAGAGGUUCUUCUGAAUAGUAUAUCUCUUAUACAUCUCUUUCUGUACCUUUUAUCUACAUUGCUAGAUGCAGAGAUACUAUAAUCAUGGUCCAAUAUAGCUAAUACUUUAGCAUUUAAAAUUCCUAUAUACAUUUUAUAUAGAUUUAAAUUUCUAUAUUUAAAAUUCCUAUGUACAUUUAGGUACUUCUGACAUUAUAGUAAUUCAUAAUACAUUUCCUUACCAGGAGGUUACUUACUCUGUAUCCUCAACUGUUAAACCACAGAUAGACAAAGAAGAGACUUAUAAGUAUUUGUGGGGGUGGGGGAAUCAGAAAGUUUAUGCAUUAAAUUCAUGUCCCUUAAGGUGAGCUCUUUACCAUUAUUAAGAUUUUAUUCAGAUCUGUGGUGGUAUGUGAAAUUCUAAUGAAUUUUACCUGGCUUUCCAUUCUGUAACAGAUAAUAAAUCGGUAAGUCCAUUUCCAUGAUUUAGAAAUCCAAAAUCCUCCGGAAACCAAAAGUUUUCUUAACCCUUGUAGUGGUAAAACAUGAUCUGAGUGGAUAUAAGGGUAUUGAUGGUCUUUACCCCCUUCUUAGUGUGAAUAUACAUUUUGCCACAGAAAUAUUAACAUAUUUAUUUUGGGGUAUUGCCUUAGACUUCACUAGGAUGUGAGAGAAAUAUAUGUAUAUAUAUAAAUAUCGUAUUACCUUUCUGAAAUCCAAAAUAAUUCUGAAUUUUGAAAUAUAUUUGGCCCUAAGGUUUUUAGAUAAGGAAUCGCAGACCUGUAUAAUCAGGUACAUUGACUACAUACAGUACCAUUGAGGACUAAGAUAUGGAAGUAAGGUUUGUUUGGUAACUUAAAUAUAGCAAUGUGAGACCUUUCAGUAUGGAGCAGUGCCUCUCUCAAAUAAUAUGGAUCUCUUUUAAAGAAAAAAAAAUCUCAUUUUGAGAAUCUCCAACUUUAGUUCUUAGAGCAGUUUUCUUUAAAAAUGUCUCUCACUUUUCUCUUUGAAAAUGGCAAAAUACAUUUUUUAUUAUUGAAAUGAAAGCACAAAAUGAAAAUUUGCAACACUUGUGACCUGUAGAGUGUAUCCAUUAAUCAUUUACCUCCAGGGAUAUGUACUUUACCUACUUCCAAUUGGGAUUCGUUGUCAUAAUGAGCAACUCUUGCUAGAAGUAUGUCAAACUUCUCAAGUGUGCUGAGGCAGAAAGGAAAACAUAAGAAAUUAUGUGCUAAAAUAAAGGAUAAUGUACUUUAGUGACACUGUCAUCAGAAAUUAAUGUAAAUAUCUGUUUCCAGCAGCAUGGUGAACCACGUACCUGGAUCAAGGUACCAAGUACCUUCAGCUUUCUGCUGAAAACAACCUAAAAUGCUGGAUAAAAUAAAAUCUUAAAUGCAUCAGUGCUCUGGCACAAAGGGGAGAGUACUUAGGGCAAGCUGAGUUCUGAACCUGGCUAUUGCCUUGAGGAUAUUUGCCAUACAGAACUAUAAGAGUAAAUGGGUCCAGUAAUUGGAAUGACUCCAGAUAAGAGAGCUGAAACCCCAGGAGCUGAAAAGAUUGCAGGAUUAAGCCAGAUUUACAAAAUGGGAAGCUUGCCUGAAGCUGUUGAUGCUGCCAGGCCAAAGGCCACUCUAGUGGACAGUGAGUCAGCAGAUGAUGAGCUCACAAACUUGAACUGGCUUCAUGAAAGUACUAAUCUUCUAACAAAUUUCAGCCUCGGAAGUGAGGGUCUUCCAAUUGUUAGUCCAUUGUAUGACAUAGAGGGAGAUGAUGUGCCAUCCUUUGGACCAGCUUGCUACCAGAACACAGAAAAAAAAUCAGCAACUUCAAAGCCCCCAUACUCCUUUAGUCUUCUCAUUUAUAUGGCUAUUGAGCACUCUCCAAAUAAAUGUUUGCCUGUCAAAGAAAUUUAUAGCUGGAUUCUGGACCAUUUUCCAUAUUUUGCUACUGCACCAACAGGCUGGAAGAAUUCUGUUCGACAUAAUCUGUCCCUGAAUAAAUGUUUUCAGAAAGUGGAAAGAAGCCAUGGCAAGGUUAAUGGAAAAGGUUCCUUGUGGUGUGUUGAUCCGGAAUAUAAACCCAAUCUUAUCCAGGCACUGAAGAAGCAACCUUUUUCUUCAGCAUCUUCGCAAAAUGGUUCUUUAUCACCUCACUAUUUAAGCUCUGUACUCAAGCAGAACCAGAUGCGAACCCUCAGAGAAUCUGAUAUCGAUGCUGCUGCUGCAAUGAUGCUUUUAAAUACUUCUAUAGAACAAGGAAUUUUAGAAUGUGAGAAACCUCUUCCUCUUAAAACAGCAUUGCAAAAAAAGAGGAGUUACGGCAAUGCAUUUCAUCAUCCCAGUGCUGUACGAUUACAAGAGAGUGAUUCUUUAGCCACCAGCAUUGAUCCAAAAGAAGAUCACAAUUACAGUGCAAGUAGCAUGGCAGCACAGCGUUGUGCAUCCAGGUCUAGCGUGUCUUCCCUGUCUUCUGUAGAUGAGGUAUAUGAAUUUAUCCCAAAGAAUAGCCAUGUGGGAAGUGAUGGCAGUGAAGGAUUUCACAGUGAAGAAGAUACAGAUGUUGAUUAUGAAGAUGAUCCUCUUGGAGACAGUGGCUAUGCAUCACAGCCUUGUGCAAAAAUCUCUGAAAAAGGGCAGUCAGGCAAAAAGAUGCGAAAACAGACAUGUCAAGAAAUUGAUGAGGAGCUCAAAGAAGCAGCUGGAUCUCUGCUCCACCUUGCUGGAAUUCGUACAUGUUUAGGUUCCCUAAUAAGUACUGCAAAGACGCAAAAUCAAAAGCAACGGAAAAAAUAGAAAUACUUAAAGUGUGGCAAUACUCUUUCACUUAAUUCUUUACAAGGGAUAUCAAAGCCAUAAUGGACUUCAUUAGUUUUAGGGUAGGGAAGGGAUACGAAUUACUUAUUUCUUUCAAAACAUUUUUGGUUUUUGGUUUUUAAAAUUUUUAUUAAACAAUUGCUGUUAGGAUCAUGCCUGAUCAGAAAUAUAUGAUGUGAAGUCCUGAAAGCAUAAUUUUUGUGGUGUCUCCAAGAUUUGGAAAUUUUUGUAUAAGAAAAUCCGCAGCCUCUGUCUUAAACUUGUGGGACAAAAAUCCUUUCUUCUGUUAAUAUGUCAGAAUGUAAGAUUUGGCAACUCUGUAAAUUUUUUUCAUUUUCUUUUCCAAUCUGUAACUAUAGUUACUGAACCAGCUAAAAAUUUUGCUAAUGUACUUUUCAUAUACUUCUCUCCUGACACACAAUCCGGUAACAUAAGAUUGAAAUUUUUUUACUUUGUUUUAAUUUGUUUUUAAUUUUUUUUUUUUGUUGUGGUGUGGGCAAAGACAAACAUAAAUUGUAAAACAUCCUGAUGUUUAGAAAAAGUUUCUUUUGGUUACAUAGGUAGAGAAUGCAACAAAGAGUUCUAAGGUUUAAAAAAGACAAUUUUGUGGUGUUAUUUCAUCCAAGAACACUCCCAAUUCCUAUUACAAUGGUAGCUUUGAAGUGUUUUUACUUCACAGAUACUGCAUAGCAUUUAUUGGGGCCUUUUAUUCUUGCCCAAAGUGCUUUGCAAACAUUAAGUUUUAGCCACUAGCUGCCUUUGUUGAGUAUAAGUUAUCCAAUGAGAGUAUAUAGCCAAUUAAGUGUGUUAUGGAGUACACCCAUUUUGACACACUUGUAAUAAGAGAAUCUUUCAUUUGCCUGCCACAUGUACUGCAUUCUGAGAAUCUUGUAAUAGGAAUGGAGUGUAAUGAAACAUUCUGAGUACUAAUUGCAUAUGUAUCAUAAAGUAGGUCAUUUAGGAAAAAACUUCUGUCCAAGCUUUGUAUGAAUUAAAUUUAUAAGUAUAACAAAUUAAAUUUUAAUAGAUUUAAUGCAAUUUUGCAAACAAAAUUACCUUCAUGAAUUUCAAAAUUCAUAUAAAAUUAGAUCUUAUACAAUACACCCUUUUGAGGAGGCAGUGUAAUAACCUAUAGUGCCAUUGAUCCAUGAGAAAAAGAUUUUCUGGUACUACUCCAAAAGUGCUUUGACUGAGUGUCUUAUUUGAACAGUCUGCUUAUAUGAGACAGCUUUUCAUAGUAUCAUUUGUAUAAUUUGAUUAGAUUAUUCAGAAACAACAGGAUGCUAAACUACACUUAUUCAUUCUAUCUUUUUUUUUUUUUUAACAAUGAUGGAAGCAACUUUCCAGAAGUUCAGUCUUAUGCUACAUCCUAAGUCAUAGACAAUGAACUUGUUUUCAUCAUUCUGAUAGAUUGUAUACAUAUGUACACAUACAUACACACAUACACAGUCAAGGUCAUGAUGUUGAUUUGCUGUUUUCAGCUGUUUCUAUGAUUAUAAAGUAUUUUUUAAGAGACAGAUAUUUUAACUUUUAAUUUUUAUUUUGGCAAAACUGUCAAAUGAGAAAAAUGAUUUUAAAAACUUUUUUUCAAUUGACAAGACUUUAAGUCAGGGAUAACAGUAUUAAUGUUCUCUGUUCCGUUUCCAUGUUUAAUUUAACCUGGAUAGCCACAUUAAUGAAUUGGUGCUAUCAAAAUAUAGUAAUUUUUAAAUUUGUUAAUAAUGAAAAAUAACCCUUAAGCAUGCAGGAUGAGGUAUUUGGGUUUUUUCUUUAUAUCGAUCACAUCUACAGAAAAUGGCUAAACCAAGUUAACUUUUAUUAUAGACAGUGAAUAAAACACCAAAAACCCAAAAAUGCUUUAACCACAGUGUAAAUAAUAAAGAGAUUACACUCAUCAUUUUAAUAACUGUUUUUAAGUUUUUACCAUGGCCUUCUGGAUAGACCUUAGAAACAGUGUUUCAGUAAUCUGGCACCAAUUUAUUUUGUUCUGCUGAAAUUCUGUAUCACAAAUGUGCUACCUGGUUUCUGUCCAUAAGAUAAUUACUCUUUCUUUAUAAGAAAAGGAAAGUGAUCUAAGAGAAGCAGAGUUAGUUCCAGCUUUAAUAGGGAUCUUCAAAGUUAUUUUAUUUUGUCUUGAUGUAUGUAACAGUAAUUCUUUACAUCUUUUGAUUUUUCUCUUUUAUUCACUCUUCCCACGAAUUUACAUGUUUAAGUUAUAUUCAUCACUAGCAAGGACGAUAAACACUUCUGCACUGAAAGCUAACAGGGAGAGAUUACACAAUAUUUUACAGUUUCUUAAACUUAAUUUAGUGCAUCACCUUCCACUUGCUAACAUACCAAGCCAGUUAUUUUCCAGGGGAAGCACCUUUUAAAUUGUGGUCCUCCAGUUACUACUUCCAUUGAGAUCAUGCUCUCAUUCCUCAGGUGUUUUGAGAAACAUGACUAAUAACCAUAUAAUUAAGUAGAAUCAUUCCAAGUCCUAUGGCCUGGAAAUUGUAUUCCCGAUAAUACACAAGUUUUCCUGUAAUAAAGUCAAUUUGGAAACUCCAAGGUGAUUACAUGUUUUCCAAUAUAUCCUAAAACUGUGAUAUAAGCUAACAUAUAUUUUGCCUUACGUCAAAAGAAUAUGUUCUGUUGCAGCUGAUUCCAGUUUAUAAUAGAUCCCUAGUAAAAAACUUUGAUUCAGCACGAUUGUUCAUCUUCACAUCCCAAACAGAAUCAGUGUUUCUUGAAUAUAUAUUUUUGAAGUUUUUUGUGCAAUAUAUUACUAAAUCAGUUAUUAUUUUACUUUUCAAAUUCAGAGAAAGAAAACAGAUUACCUGAAUUCAUGGAAAAGGUGGAUCACCUCCCUUUUUCCACCUUCAAAGCUUUUCCUGUCCUCAUAGCCAGCAUGACUUCUUUUAACUUGGAUUCCUUUGUAUAUAGUAAAGUUUAGUAUAUAUAUUUUUUCUUUUGCUACUUUUGGAGGCAUUAUGUAAAGGGCUCAUACUAGAUGUUCAGUUAAAUAUGCUUUAGCACAAAGUCAAACUAGAGAAUGUGUUAAGGAGGGAAUGUAUGUAUCUUGGUAGACCAGGAGGCCUUUCCCAGCAAUUUAAGCAACAGAUGUGAAUACUUCACAAAGCUGUAAAGACCAUUGUCUUAAAUACUGCAACAACUUAACACCCUUUUGUGAAGAUCAUAGCAUUUAUCUAAGAAACUUUGAGGCUUUCUGGUUUACAUAUAUCUUACAGGUUUUUUUUUUUUUUAGUUUGAAAUGUGUAAGCUUUGAUUUAAAGCAAGUUUACUUCAGUAUGUUAAUGAUGUAGUAAAAAUAUUUAUUGAAAGGCGAAUUAGAGUAUUUUAAUGUUAUACCUGCCAUUUUUUUCUUAAAGCAUAUUCUUUGCAUCUAACUGCCAGUGCCAUUGUCAAAACUUAUUUUUUAAAUCGUUGUACAUUUCUUAUUAAACUAAGUGCUUAGUUUUAAAGUAUUAUGUUGCCAUCAUAUAGUAUAUAAAAAUGUAUAAUUGCCAAUUGAUUGUUAACUAUUAUUUAUUUUUAAAUGAAAGUGUAAGAAUGCUUUCUGAUUCAACAAAUCUGUUAUCAAACUGUUUCCUUAUCCUCUUUUCUGAUGUAGCAUAAAAAUUGUUCCGGUUUGAGUUAUAACUGCCAGUAGAUGACCAGUCACAAGUGAACCACUUUUCAGUUGCCAGUCUUUGCUCAUAUUAAAAACAACUUACAAAUGCUUAGUUUUUGUAUCUAAUCUCUGAUUAUUAAAAUGUUUAUAAAGUUUAUUUUUACCAAAGAGAUGCAAUUCAUUAUGACAAAGUAUUGCAUAAUAAAUUUGUUUUAUAACAUU